AUGGGCCUGGAGAUCAUGACCCGAGCCGAGGUGGGUUGCUCAGUCAAAUGAGCCACACAGGUGUCCCUGGAAUAUCCCAGGUUUUAAAAGGGGACAACAGUGAAAAGAAACAAAAAAACAUUUUGAGGCAUGAACAAAGCAGGUCAAUGGGGUCCAAAAGGCAUAUCAGCCACGGGGUUGCCACCUGGGGUCUAAUCACUAGGGAGGGGGUGGGGCAGACUUUUACCCCAUGAGUUACAGUGCUUUGCAGUGUGAGUACUUGGGUGUGGGGAAAGGACAGCAGCAAGGGAGUGAGUCCCUCAUGUGAAAGGUAAGAUGUGCAAGCAAUUCCUCUGGCUGAGGCUCCACAGUCUUGCCCUUGGGGGCCUGGACAGACCCCACUGGCUACUCUCCCUGGCGCUGGGCAGUGGACAAACCCCACGGGGCUACACCCAGUACCACCUGCUCUCGCAGGGCCCAAGGAAGACAAGGCUCUUCUACAGGCAUCUCAGGGAACACAGCAGCAGCCGCUGGGGCCUUGCAGGCUUUCACCAGAAAAUUGUGGGCGGAAACUUCCCGGGGUUUGCUCUGAGCCGGUUUGAGGCUUCUCAGCUUCAGAUGCAAAGUGAGUGGGUGUCUCUUUGAGAAGCAGAAAGACAGAAGGAAAGAGAGAACGAGAGAGGUGUUUCCCUUGCCUAUGGAAACUCUAUAAAGACAGAGCUGGCUUUUCUUCCCUGGAGCAGUCAGAAACAGCGGUCCUGGUCUUGACAUCUUCACUGGGGACCAGCCCGAGGAACAGGCUGCCAUGCAGCAGCCCCUGAAUUACCCAUACCCCCAAAUCUACUGGGUGGACAGCAGGGCCAGUUCUCCCUGGGGCCCUCCAGGGUCGGUCCUCCCUUGUCCAUCCUCUGUGCCAGGAAGGCCUGGACAAAGGAGGCCACCACCGCCGCCACCACCAACACUACCACCACCACCACCGCCACCACCGCUGCCCCCACUGCCAUUGCCACCUCUGAAGACGAGGAGGGACCACAACACAGGGCUGUGUCUUCUUGUGAUGUUUUUCAUGGUUCUGGUGGCCCUGGUUGGACUGGGGCUGGGGAUGUUUCAGCUCUUCCACCUCCAGAAGGAGCUGGCUGAACUCAGAGAGUCCACCAGCCAAAAGCAUGUAGCAUCAUCUUUGGAGAAGCAAAUAGGUCAACUCAAUCCACCCUCUGAAAAAAGGGAGCUGAGAAAAGUGGCCCAUUUAACAGGCAAGCCCAACUCAAGAUCCAUCCCUCUGGAAUGGGAAGACACAUAUGGAAUUGCCCUUGUCUCUGGGGUGAAGUAUAAGAAGGGUGGCCUUGUGAUCAAUGACACUGGGAUGUACUUUGUAUAUUCCAAAGUGAACUUCAGGGGUCAGUCCUGCAACAACCAACCCCUGAACCACAAGGUCUACAUGAGGAACUCUAAGUAUCCCCAGGACCUGGUGCUGAUGGAAGGGAAGAUGAUGAACUACUGCACUACUGGCCAGAUGUGGGCCCGCAGCAGCUACCUGGGGGCAGUAUUCAAUCUCACCAGUGCUGACCAUUUAUAUGUCAAUGUAUCUGAAUUAUCUCUGGUCAGUUUUGAGGAAUCUAAGACAUUUUUUGGCUUAUAUAAGCUCUAAGAAAAGCACUUUGGGAUUCUCUCCGUAUGGUUCCUUGUUACAGGCACUGAGAAUAUGAUCUUGAAUGAGAGUCUUCUUAAGCCCACUUGAGGUCAAGUGAGAAGACAUGAGCCAAGUAGACCUUGAGACUACAGGGUCCAGCAGGUCUACAGUUCCUCAUCUCACUAUAGAUGUCCAUCUGUCUGGUCCAUGUGCCAGAUGGGAGGGGGAAUAUGACUGAAGAACGUGAGACUCUCGCUGCCAUGUGAAGAUGCAGAGGCAGGGAGAAGCAG